AGAAUCACGUUGACAAGUGAGGUUAUAAAACCAGUAAAUACUUAUUUUUAAUUUUAAUUAAUAGGAUUUAAAUUAAAUUCAAAUGGACGCAAAAACGAACGAGAAAAAGAAUUGGACAGAAGAAGAGAGAUUGGAGCUUGCAGCUAAAUUGGACAAGGAACUAGAUGAAUUCAUAGACAAGUUGCCCAGGCGAAAAUACGAGGAUGGUUGGCCUGAGGAUCGUUGGGAAGAAGAAAUGGCGAAACAUCCGUUUUUUAUGAAAGAACCCCCGAAACCCGGCGAUGAACUUCAUCCCUUAUACGAAGGGCUGCAAAACCUAAAAUACGACCCCGACGAAAACGAACCUGAAGAAUUGGCCAAUAACUACAAAGCGGAUGGAAAUUACAAUUUCAAAUACAAAAAUUACAGGCUAGCAAUAUUAUCUUACACCGAAGGGAUUAAAGUUAAAUGCAAAAACACAGAAAUUAACGCGACUUUACUGAACAACAGAGCAGCGGCACAUUUCUUCCUCAAAAAUUUUAGAUCAUCACUUCUCGAUUGCCAGUCGGCACUUAAACUGAAGCCCGAUUAUGACAAGGCCCUGAAUCGAGCCGCAUUGUGCUGUUACGAAAUGAAGAAUUUCCAAAAAGCCGUCGAAUAUUGCGAUAUUAUCCUAGAUAAAGCGCAGGAUAACAAAGUGAUAUUGGAUCUGAGGAAAAAAUGCAUUAACGAAGAGAAGGCGAAGCGAAGAAAUGAAAGAAAAAAGGAAUUGGAAGCAAAGAAAAGAGAGAAGGAGGAAGAGACCCUCAUCAAUGAGAUUAUCAAAAGGGGCUGUCGCGUUGAAGGUAAUCUUUCUUUAGACAAACUCGAACCCAAUUUUCCGCAAUUAGUCCACAACAGGGUGCACUUAGAUGAAAAUAACAAUUUAGUUUGGCCUGUAGUUUUCGUCUAUCCCGAAUACAAAAUAAUGGACUAUAUACAAGAGUUCAACGAGAAACAAAGUUUUUCGGAAUUGUUAGGAGUCGUUUUUGAAACCACGCCGGAUUGGGAUCACGAACAGAAAUACCGAUCGAAUAAUCUAGUGAUCUAUUUCGAGACUCCCAAAAAGAAAAUCCAAUGUGUUAGAAAUGAUACAAUCCUUGAGGAGGUGCUUACAAGUAAAGAGUAUAUCAUCAGAGGUGGAACUCCAUCAUUUAUAAUAAUGGUUAAAGGAAGUACAGCGGAAAAGUCAUUUCUUGAGCAAUAUUAAAUCGGUGGAACAACAAGAUUGUUACAUUCCUGAUUCUGCGAUUCCUUCAUCAUCUAAACGAAGAAAAAAAAUCAAUUAUCAGUAAUAGAAUACUAUAAAUAUUUGAUAUUUGGUUAGUAAUUUAACAAGAAAGUAGUUUUUAUAUUUGGUUACUAGAUUAAUUUGUUAUUAAAUAACCAAUUGGUUAUUAUGCAUACUUUGUUAAUGUUUUUAUUACAAUUAUUGUUAAUAAGGUUAUUGGAGUAAAACAUGCUGUUAUUGUGGGUCAGUUCCCUAAGGGUUUAGGAGUUGCAAAAUUCCCAAAAAAACUGCGCAAACGCUAAAAAAAACUAUACUAAUUGAAGCAAUCACACGUCACAUUUGACAGUUUAUAUCUACCUCAGUUUCUCUCGUGUUGCGUAAGCAGAAGAAUCGACAGUGGCGCCACCUACACCUUUGCCUGAACCACAGAAUAGCAGCUUUUUACAACGUCUUAUAAACACAGAAACCAUGUCUGAGAGUGCAAAAAUCCAGUGAUUUUUUUUAAUUAAUUAGUUUCAGAUAAGCAGGGUAAUUUUAAAACGUCGUUGUACUUCUAUCGAAAUCGUUCGAUAUUCGACGUGUUUAUUAUGAUAUAAUACUUUGUACAGUUAAAAAAAUAUAUGAAAGAGGAACCUUAACCUCAUGGGAUGUCGGGAAGAGUGAUUUGAUUCUGAUAUACAGGAUGAAUCUUAUAGCAAGAGGUAAAUAUUACCCUUAAUUUUUGCUCAUAAAUCAUGUUUAAAAUUCACAAGUUCCCUAUAUUUUCAUGAAAAAACCUAUACAGGAACUCCCCUAGUAUUUCCUACUCGCUACAAGACGACCUGUAUCUCAACAACAGUAAAAAAAUCAGACUCAGUUAACUUUUACACGAACCAAACGAAAUUUUCCACCUAAAUCUUACCUUCGAAUCCUUGAUUCUCGUGUAUUUCCCUCGGCGACGUCGUCAAAUCGAUGCCUUCCAGCACGGCCAGAAGGCAUUGGUGCACGCAAAUGUACUGCUGCUCCGUCUGCACCAUCCAAACUCUCUCCUUUCUCAUCGCGUACACGAUACCGAAGAUAUCGACGUAGUCGCACUUCAGGAUCUGAUGCAGGAUCCUGUCCAAGCAGAUGAACGUGCCCGAUCUACCCACACCGGCGCUAAAAAAAAAUAAUUCCAACGUAUUAAUCACUGUGUCUGAAAAACAAUAAUGUCAAAGUCGCUUAUCCCACUUCUGCUCACCUGCAAUGCACGACGAUGGGACGCUGAUCGGGCGGUAUUUUCUCCCUGAACGCCCUAACGAACCUAACAAGCGUAUGCGGGGGAUUGGGCACGCCGAAAUCGGGCCACGUGCUGAAGUGGAAGUGCCUCACGAUCCUCUGGGUCUCCCCCUAAAAGGUACAAAAGGACAUGGUAAAGAAGCUCGGCUUGUAUAACCUGCAAUACCCUGUGUAUUCUACAAUGCUUUGCAUGCCUUACAAUACUCUGUAAACUCUACAAUAUCCCGUAUACUCUGCAAUACCAUGUUUGACUUACCCUGCAGACCAUAAAUUCGGACACGUUCCAAUCGGGAUAACGUGACUCGUUGAGUAUUUGAACGGAAAUAUCGCCGUAAUAGACGGGCAUGGUGUCGUAGGGCCAAUAAUGAUCGCACUUUUCCCUGCCCUUUUCCACGCACCGCGUCAGCAUCACUAUCGACCUCGAAUUCGACUCCCACACCAUCCUCCAGAAAUCGUCUCUGGUCGAAUGCAGAGGGCCUUGCGUCACUAUGAACUCCCUCGGCGAAUUGUAACCCUGCGGAAUCGAAUAUUCGAUUAAACUGCGGUGAAAUCGAUCGAUUAAACGGGCGAUUUACCGGCACGUAAUUGGCGUUAAUGUAAUCCGAACCCUCUUCGUCGUCGACCGGUUGCAGCUUGAACCGCGAAUGAUCGUAGGGCAGGAUGUUGGUGAAGCGGUUCUUCGGCCGGUUGCACGGCAAAUCGGCGAACGUGCACGGUUGAUCGCGACCCACGUGCUUCAGCUCUUCGAAUUCCUCGCUGAACCUGCAACAACGAACAAUUACAAUUCUCUCUAUAUAAACCCGGAGUAGUUUAGUGCAUAGAAACUUUACCGGAAGUCCGAAUCGGCCGACAUGAUCCUGUAGUGAUUGGAGAAGUUGUCGAUCCUGACGGGCCUGCUGGUCUCGAUGACCGGGUCCGGCAGCGACAUGUUGUCGUUCGAUCGGGCUUCGGUCGCUUUCCGCUUGCCCGCCGCCCGUUUUUUUCUUAUGAAUAUAACGGUGAGGAACAACGAGGCGAUGAGCACGACCGGUAUCACCACUCCCAGCACGAUCGGCGUGUUGUCUUGGU